GGCUAAGGAGGAGUGUGCUGUUGCAGGAAAUGUUGACCUUCAGGGAUGUGUUUGUGGACUUCACCCUGGAGGAGUGGCAGCAGCUGGACACGACUCAGAAGAACCUCUGCAAGGAUGUCAUGCUGGAGAACUACAGCCACCUUGUCUCCGAUUCCUCGUGGCCCAACCAGGUAGGACCUUCAGGUUGGGACAAGGAGAAGAGGAGGCCAGGAUGGCAGCUGGAGAAAGCCCAACACGGAGGUGUCCAGGGGGCUCGAGUUCGAUCCCUGGUCAGAGAACUAAGAUCCUGCAAGCCAGCUGGUACGGCGAAAAAUAAAAAAAAAAAAGGCAAGAUUCAAAGAGAGAAGUCUGAGGGCAAAUGCUUCAUUAAAAAGUGAGGGUCCCUUGCUGAGUUCCCAGACCUGAGCCAAAUUUUAGAUCUGGAACCAAUUGUCUAGAGAGGUGCCCAUGUCCCUUAUAGGAAGAACCCUACAACAUUGUAGCAAACAUAAAAUACUUAUCUUAGUCCCUUUCCGAGGGAACCUAUGGCCAUUUAUCUGGGUGACUAUGGUCAUUGGGGAAAAGGGAAUAUUUUUAGGACUAUUGGACACAGCUUUCUGAGUUGACAUUAAUACCCAGAUAUGCAAAGCAUCACCAUGGCCCUCCUGUUAAGAGUGGGGGCUUACUGGGUACAGGUGUUACACUGAGUCCUCGCUUAAACCUGAUUCACAGUGGCCCACUGCACAUGCAGACCCAUCCAGUGGUGAUUUCCUCAGUCUUCUAGUGUAUAAUUGGAAUUCAUAUACUUAUCAGUUGGACCAUUUACUACCUCUCUCCUCACCUGUAAAGUUUGUUAGCUGAUAAUUUAUGUAACAGUAUUCAGUGGUUACAGUGUAAAGAACUAUGGAGAUAACUUAUUUUUACCCAAAAAAAUCACAUACAGAUAUUAUAAUCACAGGAUACCCAUUUUUAAGAUGCAAAACAUAUACUCAAAACCAUACACUCAGACAACCACAUGGAAAAGGAAUAGGGAAUAUAUAGACAUAUGUGAAAAUGGGGUCAUUUUAAGAAGAGAAUUGUGUCACAUAUUAAAGACAAAGCUGAAUGGGAAAAUGGAUUGGAAGACAGAAUCUACUAAGCACAAGAUCAUUUUAUGGGUAGUUUCUGCAGACGACAUUUAAAAAAUUAAAAACUCAAUAAUCCUACCACCCAAACGAUAAUCUGGAUAAUCUGCUUAAUAAUUUGUUGUAUUUCCUUCCGAGCUUUUUGUUCUGUGUCUACCUAUACACACACACCUACAACAGAUACAAAUAUAAAACAAAUAUAUUUGUAUACAUAUAUAUGUGCAAAUAAUUUUACUCAGCAUAAAACUGCUACUUUUCUGCCAUCCAGAGUCACUGAUAUAAUGGUGCAUUAUCCAUCCUUGAUGUAUUUUUUUAUAAUGUAAACUAUGUGGUACAUUGUUUUAUGUUUUUUCACUUAGCCAAUUACCAUGAACAUUUCCCCAAAUCCUCAAACAUGAAAAAAUUUUUCAUUAGUGCAUACUAUUCUAUCUUAUUGAUAUGUCAGUUUUUAAUCAAUUGACUAUUGGAUAUUCAAUUUAUUUUUUUUCUAUUUUAAAUAGUAUUAUGUUAAGGUAGAUAAGCUGAAAAUUAAAGAACUUUUACUGACUAAUAAAAUGAGGCAUAAAUGUAACCAUAAAAUGAUUACCCUUAAAUAUUAAGUUAAAAGCACUGUUCCUAAGUGAGGUGUGUCAAAGCUUAAUAUAUGCCUUUUCUGUAAGGGGUUUGCAUUUCUGCACUGAAAGUGUUGAUGAAUAUGUGUGAGAUCUCCUGUUUGAGCUCCUUUGUUUCAGGGAUCAUGAUGACUCAUCCUCCGUCACACCACUUAAGGAAGCAAUUUUUCUAUUUUGUUUAAGAAGUAAACUGGGAGUUUGCCCUAGCUAGGAUUAACAACUUUUGCUUUAUAUUUUUCUUUCAAAAAUGUCAUCCUCUACUCCACAGUGAACAUAUCUUAAUUAUUGAGUGCUUGUUUGCAACCUCUGCA